GUUGACUCGAUGGGGCCCCAAUGUUAUCGAAAGAAGCAAGUCUGGGAUUUAGCAGAAGAUGAGUGAAUCAACAGGAAAUGAAACGCAAAAGGAACAAGGGGUGGAUGUUACUUCUGACCUGGAAGGUGAACUUAACACAACAUCUUUCAUGCGUAAUACAAUGGUGAGUAGCACCAUGGUCAGUGGAGAAGCAUCUGAAACUGAUGACGAAGAUGAGGAUGAUGAAGAAAAUCCAGGGAAUGUGAAAGAAGAUGAAGAUUUGGCAAACAGAGAAGAUGAAAAUUUAAAAGAAGAAGGAGAUGCAGACACUGACAUCUUAGAAUCGGAACUGGACACGAAUGCAGGGAAAGCCAAGAGACAGAAAACUGUUUACAAGUUUGAUUCUCCAUUCCACCGGAAACUGA